ACCUUGUCAGUUAUGACUUGAGGGUAAAAGACCCAAUUUAAGGGUAAGCUCGCCAAAGUCAAUUCCGUUGUAGCCAAUUCCAAGUUUCAAUUUCAAGCUUUGGGUUCAAUAGAUUCACAUAACUAAUCUUUUCUCAAUUCAAAUUUGUUGCCUAGCACCAAUCGACAUUGCUAGGGUAGUUCCUAUAAAGAGUGUAGAGAGAGAUGGCGAAUCAAGGUGCAAAAAAGCGUAAGGAAGAGAAUGCUCGGCACAUGGAGAAUAUUCGUCGCCUGAUUGUGGCCUGCAAUGUGAUUUAUGUGGUAAUUAGGAUGCUCAUCUUCCAUUCCACUUUUACCUGGAAAAACUGGGUGGCAUUGCUGCUGACAUCUGGAGCCUAUUAUAUUCCCUAUCAACAGCUUGCCCAAAUGGCAAAACCUUCAUACGCUGAUAAUGGCGAACUUCUAGAUGGCGGAUUUGAUAUGACUACUGGUGGAGUGUGUGGCUAUCUGCAUGACGUAAUCUACAUUACAAGCUUCGUGCAAAUCAUGUCUAUAAUCUCCGGAAAAUUUUGGUACACUUAUCUGCUGAUACCAGGUUUUGGAGCAUACAAAUCAUUUGGUUUCUUUAGAGGAUUUAUGUCACAAAGAUCAGAGGGAGGCCUGGAGGAUGAAAAAACACGAAAGAAGAGGGAGAAGAUGGAGAAGAAGGCUUCAAGAGGCCAGUUUGUCAAGACAAGAAGCAGAUGAGUUUUCUUGAAAUUUGAUACAGCAUGUUCAGACCCAGGGAAAGUUUGUCCCUUGACUGAAACACAAUCAUGGGAAAUUGCACUUCUUGCCUGUUGAUGUUAUAUGAGAUACUUGGUUUUUGAUUAAAACGUUACAAGUGAAGUGUAAUGGAGUAGCACUAACAGUAUGGUUAGACACCUUAAUGAUGAUCCUAUUUUUGUAACCUUUUUCGAGUAUUUCAUAAAAAUUACUGUAGAACGAUAAUCUGAAAACCAAUAAGAAAAUGCAGACACGUGUAUAAAUAAAUGUAAUUUAUUGAAUAUCAAGCGCGGGGUUACAAUCUUUGUGAA